AUGACCGGCCAGGGGCUAAUACUGGCAUUAACAAAUGCCACGAGUCAGACGGAUGAGACGCAACGGAAACAAGGUGAGGCUGAGCUCAAGUCUCUUUCCAAUAGUUCUGGGUUUCUAUCCCAGCUUCUAGAGGCGUAUCAGGACAGCUCUUUGCCCGUCACCGUACGGUGGAUGGCCGUCAUUUAUCUGAAAAACUCAAUCGACAACUGCUGGCGUAAGUCGGCAAAUUCAAACUUGUUGCCUGAAGAAAAGAACUUUAUCAGAGAACGCUUACUUCCUCUGUCUUGCCAGCCCUUUGAGCCCAUGCUCCAUCGCCAGCUGGCCGUGGUGGUGGCUAAAGUUGCUAAGCUUGACUUUCCCCGGACCUGGCCUACUCUUUUCGACGAACUUCGGGAAGCGAUUAUCAGCACCGCGUCCAAGAACGAUUCUUCGAGUUUGUACAACAUUUUACUGACUACCCACCAGGUGGUCAAGACAUUGGCCAGUGUGAGAAUUGGGCCGGCUAGAGCCAAAAUACUUGAGAUUGCACCGGACUUUUUGCAAGUUACUGGUGAUAUGUUUAUGCAUCUCAUGCAAAACAUGUCUGAUGAUAAUCUCGCCAUUGCAUAUUCAGCUCUAAAAGCAACUUGCACGCUGAUUUAUGACGGACAUGAUAGGAUGCAUAGAUUCGACACUGCCAGGUCGUUUUUCGGCAAGACUUUAGACAUGCUGGUCCAGCUCCAUUCAAUGUGGCAAAGCUCGCACGCUGAGAUUCUUGGCAAAUUAGUGCGUCGUAUUGGAAAGCUUUACAUUCGGCUUUUACAAAAGCGCCCGCUUUCGUUCUGCAUGAUGCCUAGAUCUAUGGAAAUUGCAGAUUUCUACGAACAGUUCCUCAUUUCCAAGGGGCAAGAACAGCUCAAGGCCAGUAUGAAUGACGAUCUUUCCGAUGAAGUCGAGUUUUACGAUCUGCUUGCUAUUCAGGGCAUGAUUGUUACUCGCGAACUCCUGCAUGUGGUAACGCGCGACCCGCAUACUGCUACGCCAGCUCUGCUUCCAAUUUCUAUGCGACCUCGCGAUGAACAAGAUCGCCAGGACCUUAUCAAUUCUUAUGAUAUCGUUAGCAGAGAUGCAUUCGGCCGCGAAAAACUGGACAAGCUUGUGUACUCUUUGAUCAGUGCUUGGUUCCAAUUGCGACCAGCCGAUUUGGAACUUUGGAAAGACGACCCUGAAGAUUAUAUCAUUCGCGAUAGUCAAGCCUCGGUUGACUUCAAGGUAUCCUCCUGUGCUCAAGCUCUUUUUUACCAACUAAUUAAGGCUUUUCCUCAACUUGCACAAGACGUCUUGCGCUAUGUCGAACAUGUUUUGCAAAAGGAUGGCACUGAGCUUCCCGAUGUUCUCGAGCUUGAUGGUGCUUUGCAGUGCCUCGAGUAUGGGGCUGGAACUCUUGUGAAUCAUACUGCUCUAGAGCCUAUUUUGGAGCAAGCCUUAGUGCCUCGCUUGAAUGCUGUCUCUGUGGAUUCAUACCGUAUUAUUAGACGCCGCAUCUGUUUGAUGAUUGCUGCUUGGGUUCCCAUUCGGUCGGAUGAAAAUUUCAGGCACUUCAUCUAUGAGAUGGUUUCGAAACAGAUUUUCAGCUCCAAUCCUCUCAAUGAUUUGAUUGUUCAGCUGGCAGGACUACACUUGUUAAAAGUGUCAGUCGAUGAUUUUGAUGCGAAUGUUGACGAAUUCAUGCCGUAUGCCGAGCAAAAUUUCGAAAAAAUCUACGAGCUUAUCGGGAAAGUGUCUACUCUCGAAAUUAAACGCCUCCUGUUGGAGAAUCUGAGUGUCUUUGUUGGGGCUCUAGGUACAAAGCUCAGUGCUCAAUAUAUCGAAGCUAUUCUUCAAAUUCUUCCGCCGUUGUGGCAUGAAAAGACCGAGGAUCAACUUCUUAAAACAGUCAUUCUACAAACAUUGUCGAGUUUGGUUGACGCUACCAGGGACAAGUCUCCUGUGUGCUAUCCCUUAGCUCAAGAGUGCCUAUCAGUAUCAAUUGACCCCAAAUCCCCCUUCAUCUCUUAUCUAUUAGAGGAUGCAUUGGCGUUAUGGCGCAGUAUUGUUGUCAAUGCGACCGAACCUCACCCAAUGAUUCUUGGCCUGUUCCCGAACCUUGUUGAUCUGCUUGAAGUUUCCACGGAGCAUGUUGGCGAAGAGCUGCUCAUUUUGGAAAGCUAUCUGAAGCUUGAACCUUCAAUUCUUUCGGACAGCAAUAUCAUGCUGCGUAUCUUUAACCUUUCAGCUCUUUACUUACCUCAAGCGAGUGUAGAGGUUGCUUUGAGUCUUCUGAGCAGCAUAGAGGUUGUUGUGUCGAGCGGCGUGCCUGUGGAGGCAUAUGGUGAACAGUUGGCUCAGUCUGGACUCAUCCCACUGCUCGUGGACAUCGCACUGGCUGGGAUUAUUGAGGGUAAUGUCGUUGCUGGCAUUCGCGCCGCUAAAGUCUACAUGGUUUUUGCAUGGCUGGCCUUCAGCAGCCCGUCGUUUUUCACUCACUUGUUGACCGAGGACCAGCUCAUGAAGAUCACCGACGGGUGGCUGAAUAUCGUAGCGUCUGUUGCUGAGCCCGGGGACCGGAAAAUGAAUGCUUUAGGUGUUUCUAGCUUGAUCUAUGUUACACCUAUCUUAUUUUUGCAAAAUUCACAAAGAUUCAUCAACAUGUGGACAUCAAUUCUGGAUGAAGUACGCGAAGAAAACGGAGAUGCAGCUGCCUAUCAUCAAGUCGACAGCUACCCCGGAGAAGGCGAUGGGGACCUCACUCCAGAGACUUUGCGGCAACGUGCUCGCCGAGCCCAAACACCCAUCCAUACAGUGCCAACGCGAAACUUUUUGAGCCAGCUCACAGAAAAGUUGCGGCAGGAUCCUCAGGGUGUCCAAGUGCUCGCGAACUGGCAACCAUAA